GGUCCAACAAACUCCUAGUUUCACUCACUAAUACUUCAUUUUCACUUUGAUCAAUUCAGACUUCAGAGACAUUAUUUUGCAUGUUUUAUUUUUUUCUUCAGUGGCCCCACACAAUUAUACACACCACACUUGUGUCAUGAGGUCAAAGAGGCCAAAUACUUGAACCCAAAAACAUUGAAAAAGACAAAGAAUAAAAAGAAGAAACUGCUUACUCUCUCUAUUGCAGUUUGCAGGAUCAUAUAUUACAAGCAACAAAAACGGGAUGGAUGAUGAGAGACUUCUUGGAUCAGCAUCAAAAGAUAAAAGACAUGGUUUGAAGGAAGAUAUUUGGUUAGAACAAAAGAAAAUAUGGAGAGUUGGGUUUCCUGCUAUGUUAGCUAGGGUGACUCAAUAUGGUAUGUUUGUAGUCACACAAGCAUUCGUUGGACAUACUGGACAAGUAAAUCUUGCAGCUUAUUCACUUGUACAGAUUCUUCUUGUGCAAUUGGGAAAUGGGAUUUUGCUGGGCAUGUCAAGUGCAACAGAGACUCUAUGUGGACAAGCAUUUGGGGCAAAGCAAUACCAUGUUAUGGGAAUCUAUUUACAGCGAUCCUUGAUCAUCAAUCUUUUUGCAGCAACAAUAUUAUUACCAGUCUUCAUUUUUUCAUCAUCAAUCUUCAAACUCAUCGGCGAGGAAGAUGCCACCGCGGACGUUGCUGGAUACAUCUCUCUUUGGUUCAUUCCAAUUCUCUACUUUAUGGCUAUUGCAGUGACCAUCCAAAAAUACCUGCAAUGUCAGCUCAAGAACAUGAUUGUUGGGUGGCUCUCUGCUGCCUCGUUUGUCAUACAUGUGUUUCUGUCAUGGAUUUUCUUGAGCAAACUGAAUCUGGGGAUUCCCGGUGCAAUGGCUGCGAUGAUUAUAUCGACUUGGGUGGUUGUAAUUGGAGAGUUUGUGUAUAUAUUUGGUGGCUGGUGUCCCAAGACUUGGGAAGGAUUCACUUUUGCUGCCUUUUCUGAUCUAGUUCCUGUCUUAAAGCUGUCAAUAUCAUCAGGUAUCAUGGUUUGCAUAGAAGUAUGGUAUGAUGCUGUUCUUGUCCUGCUAGCAGGAUACCUGAAAAAUGCCACAAUCGCCAUUUCUGCUUUCUCCAUUUGCCUCAACAUUAUAAUUUGGGAGUUCAUGGUAUGCAUCAGUUUCUUGGCUGCUUCAAGCGUGCGGGUUUCGAAUGAACUGGGGAAAGGAGAUGCUAAAGCUGCAAAAUUUUCUAUCAAAGUCAUCUUAACUACUUCAAUGAGUGUUGGUGUCUUCUUUUGGGCACUCUGCAUAGCAUUUGGUAGUAAAAUUGCUUUCCUGUUCACAAAUGACAAGACCGUAGCGGAAUACGUCUCGAGCCUCUCUGUCUUACUUGCUUUCUCGGUUCUAUUCAACAGUUCCCAGACAGUAUUCUCAGGGGUGGCUGUAGGUGCUGGGAGGCAAGCUAUGGUUGCAUAUGUGAACAUCUUUUGCUAUUACAUCGUUGGGGUGCCGGUAGGAAUUGUUCUUGGAUGGGUAGCUGGUCUCCAAGUAAAGGGCCUGUGGAUGGGAAUGAUACUAGGAGUUGCCUCGCAAUCGCUUAUGCUUGGUUACAUCACCUGGAGAACCGAUUGGGAAGAACAGAUUAAUAAAGCGACAGAACGUCUCGAUCACUGGUUGUUGAAACCAUCAGAGGAAUCCCAUGACAGUUCAGCUCAAGAAAGUGUAAACCAAUGAACAAUGCCAUUGUUUCACUUCCAGAUUCUGUGCAAAAUUUCAAUUAAAUCCGCGCUCAAGAAAAUGUAAACCAAAGAACAAUACCAUUGUUUCACUUCCAGAUUCUGUUCUUGAGUGUUCUUUGCGAAAUUUCACUUAAA